GUCACCGACGUGACGUCACGCGUGUACCUGAGUUUCGGUGAGGCAAGGGGAAGGGCCGAGCCGACUGAAAAACAUCAGCCCUUCUCCGUUGUCCGAGAUAAAUUUUCCUCUUGUAUUUAUUAUCAACCAGCUUCGUAGGAGUGAAAGUGAACUUACAUCAGAAGGAGUUUGCAAAUUUUUGAGGGAUUUGCGAAGGAAACAGACUUUUUACUCCAAGCUGUUGGUUUGCAGGCCGACCAGGAAAGACUUCUCUAACUUCCUGGUUCGCCACAGUCAGGAUGUCAGUGACCCCUCGACGUGUGCGUCUGAAGCCCUGGUUGGUGGCUCAGGUGGACAGCGGCCGAUACCCGGGUCUGGAGUGGAUGGACCGCGAGGCCAUGCGCUUCAAGAUACCAUGGAAACACGCAACACGACACACACCCCAGCACGAGGACGAGGACACCAUAUUUAAGGCAUGGGCUGUGGAGACGGGGAAGUUCCAAGAGGGAGUUGAUGAACCUGAUCCUGCAAAGUGGAAAGCGCAGCUUCGAUGUGCCCUGAACAAAAGCAGAGAAUUCAACCUUGUCUAUGAUGGAACCAAAGAGGUCCCCAUGAAUCCACUGAAGAUAUAUGAUGUCUGCGACAUCCCCCAACCCCUCAGUAACCAAGGCUCUUCAGAUGCUGGUUCUUGGACUCCAUACGAGGACGAUGUUGGUGAGGAAGAUGUUCCAGAUACACCAGAAUCUCUCCCUCCAUACCCAUCCAAUGGCACUAGCCCCUCUCCUCUUAUUUUGUGGUCUCCUAUGGGCUCAGAAUCCUCCAUGCAGCCUCCCAGUUGUCCCCCCUCAAAUGAGGUCUGGCCCAAAGAGGAACCAGUUAAAAUCUGGCCUAAAGAGGAGCCUGUGGAUGUGGAGAUGCAGCCCACAGCGCUGAGUGACAUGCCCCCCGCUCCUCUGCCUGAUCCCUCAAUGCAUCCGCCCUCUCUACCAGAUGUCUUUUUUGCCUCUCCGGAGAGUUGGAUCAGCUCCCUCCCGAUGACCGACCUGGAGGUGCAGUUCCUGUACAGAGGGAAGGAGAUGUGUCCCACAAUGACUAUCAGUAACCCACAGGGCUGCAGGCUUUUCUACGGAGACCUCGGCCCCAUGGUCAACCAGGAAGAGCUGUUCGGGCCGGUGAACCUGGAACAGUUACGCUUUCCAACCACAGAGCACAUUACCAACGACAAGCAGAGAGUCUUCACUAACCGCCUGCUGGAUGUGAUGGACAGAGGUCUAAUCCUGGAGGUCAGUGGCCACGAUAUCUACGCAGUCCGUCUCUGCCAGUGCAAGGUGUACUGGUCUGGCCCCUGUGCUCCAAAUUCAGCCGCACCAAAUCUUAUAGAGCGACAGAGGAAGGUCAAACUCUUUUGUCUGGAGUCUUUUCUUGGUGGUGUGAUAGCCCACCAGCGUGGCCAGACACCAAACCCCCCUCAGUUUGAAAUCAGCCUGUGCUUUGGAGAGGAGUGGCCUGAUGGGAGGCCCAGAGAGAGGAAACUUAUCAUGGUUCAGGUCAUUCCAGUGGUGGCCCGUAUGAUAAGCGAGAUGUUCUCGGGAGACAACACGCGAUCCUUUGACAGCGGCAGCGUUCGCCUGCAGAUUUCAAUCCCAGAUAUCAAAGACAACAUAGUGACCCAUCUCAAGCAGCUAUACUGCCUGCUGCAGACCCACCAGGGCCAAGAUGGCUGGGCGCUGCCUCCUGGCUCAGGCCUGAACAUCGUCCAGGCUCUGCAGGCUCAGUGAGGAAACCGCACAGUGGUCUGUCGGCCAAAAACAACAGUGUUUCACACUGCUACUGAGAGUUACCUACUGUUAGCAAAGAUGUACUUAUGUGUAAUCAUAUUUAGAAGUAUUCACACUUUACUGUAGGAUUCAUAAGUUUUUCAGCUUUACUCUAGUAUGACGGUGCUGUGUUUCCUGUAUAUAGAAAUAGUGCCUUGAACCGUCUGCAUCUGCAUUGCAUGUGACGACUGCAUGGGCCAAAGUCCUGCUUGGUGCAAGGCAACAUUUAACAUUCAACAUAGUUAAUGAGUUACAGAAAUUGUCCUGUGCCACUUUUACCCAAAACAGGUCAGUGAUUACCAAGCUCCCUUUGAGUCUGUUCAUUCAAGAAACCAGUCCAGAGCGCCUUUCAUCUUUUGACCUCAUGUAUUUUGAAGCAACACAUCUAGCAUGGGAUUUGUAUAUUUUGGAAAAUAUAGGCAAAUUUGAAUUAUAUUGUGGAAGGAUAAAAGUUUCUUCUGUCAUUCAUGGUUAACUAUAGUGGCCAGUUGUACUCAUGCACAUGCACACACAUGCAGUUGGGAGUGUCUUUUUUUUUUUUUUUUUUUAAAGCAAAUGAUUGACAGAAGUGCCUACUUUCUAGUAAUUCAGCCUGCAGUUUUGUCUUAAGCUGUUUUAUUUUUCCAUUUCUAUUAUAGGAUAUUUUUUUAUACAUACCAUUUGAUUUUAAGCCAUCUAUUGUGUCCAGGCAGUCAUUUAACUAAACAACAUUCAGCUAUAUGGAUCUGUUCUGAAAUGGAUGCCACUGCACUUUGGGUGCUGAAUUGUGUUUUUAUGGCUAGUUGACUGUGAGUGCAUUUAUCUGUGAUUUUAUGUUUAUUUUAUCAAUAAAAAUACCAAAUUAA